AGUUGUGAUGCAGGCAAAAAAUGCUGGCGGGCUUUUACAGUUCUCCUGAGCUUAGACCAAAAAAUAUUGGUAUUUAAUUGAUGGUAACUAUGUUGCAAGGAACACAGAGCCAUGGACAAGAGGCAUUUACUCAAGCAAUAAGUGAUGUUCACCCUCUCCUUUUAAAAUGCUGCCACUUUCAUGUAUGUCUAUCAAGCCAGUGGAAUGUUUUCCAAAUCAAAAUGGAAAAUCAAGUUUGCACUGCUCAUUCCAACCAAGACCAUGGAGUCCAGUAACAUUGCUUGCGGUAGAGAGUGAGGCUUCAAUAAGGUCUGCUCUGCUUUUCCAGUUUUCACUAAUCACUGAUCGCUGCUCUUCGGUACGUCGCAGGCGGCGGUGACACUGGCAGCCGCCGGUGACAGCGUGUUGUAUAUCACCAGCGCUCCGCUCCAGACCCUGCCGCCCACCGUUCACGGCAUGCCCCUCCCGGCCUCCGAGUCCAUGCACCGCGUGAGAUUUAUCUACCUGCCCACCGCCGAGGCCGUGCUGGGUUACCUGGCCUCCCUGCACAUCAGUGUCACCAGCGGCGGACGUUACCCGGACGCCAUCCUGCUGGACGCCCCGGCCGUGACAGCGCCCUCCCCCUCCGCGGCGGGUCGCACCCCUCCGGCGGCGGGUCGGACCCCUCCAGCAGCCGCCGAAUCGCCGCUGGCCACGCUGGCCCGCCUGCGCGCCGCGCUCGAGGACGCAGCGCUGACGGCGGCGGCGGCGACCGGGGGCCGGUGCGCGGCGCUGAUGGUGUCCCAGCCGGCCGGGGCGCGGCCCGGUCGGCCCGUGGACCGGCGCACGGCGCGACUGGUGCCCACCGGGCCGGACACGCUGCAGCUGAUCUGCGGACCGGUCACGGCACACAUGGAGGUGACGCCGCACUGCGUCCGCCUGAGGAGUGUCGCUGUGACACCGUGACCGGUCUGCGUCCGCCUGAGGAGUGUCGCUGUGACACCGUGACCGGUCUGCGUCCGCCUGAGGAGUGUCGCUGUGACACCGUGACCGGACCGGCGUGUCGGUGUGGUCUGCGUCCGACGGAGCACGACUCGUGCUGGUCCCGACACCUGCUCGUUGGGUUUUCUGUGAUGUUUUGCCCAGGACCCUGUUCUUGCACUGAGGGUUCCGGUUCUUGGGAGCUAACCAAGUCUGAUGGCUGUGAACACUGAACAACAGCAUCUGUUACUGGUACUCUGUUGAAUGAGACAUUAUGUUACGGUGCCAGUUUUACGUGACGUUUGCAAAUAAAGUACCUGCUUGUUA